AUGGGAGACUGGAGCUUCUUGGGUAAUAUUUUAGAGGAAGUAAAUGAACACUCCACUGUGAUCGGUCGCGUCUGGCUCACGGUGUUAUUUAUUUUCCGCAUUCUGAUUCUGGGCACAGCAGCCGAGUUCGUUUGGGGAGAUGAGCAAUCCGAUUAUGUCUGUAACACUCAACAGCCAGGCUGUGAAAAUGUGUGUUACGACGAGGCCUUUCCAAUCUCCCACAUUCGUCUCUGGGUGUUACAGAUCAUUUUUGUAUCCACCCCUUCGCUUGUAUACGUUGGCCACGCUGUCCAUUACAUUCAUAUGUUAGAAAAACGUAAGGAACGUGAAGAAGCUGAGAUUAGCCAUCAACAGGAAUUAUCUGAGGAUCAUCUCCCACUAGCAGCUGAUCAGGGAAGCGUCCGCACCACCAAGGAGACAAACACAAAAAGUAGCAAGAAGUUCAGGCUCGAGGGCACUCUGCUUUUCACCUACAUUUGCCAUAUCAUCUUUAAAGCUCUGUUUGAAGCUGGUUUUGUAGUUGGACAAUACUUUUUGUACGGGUUUCACAUCCUGCCCCUGUACAAGUGCAGUCGCUGGCCGUGUCCCAAUACGGUGGACUGCUACGUCUCCAGGCCAACCGAGAAGACCAUCUUUAUAGUCUUCAUGCUUGCUGUGGCUUGCGUCUCACUGGUUCUCAACUUUGUGGAGAUCAGCCACCUUGGUUUGAAGAAGAUCCAUUUUGCGUUUUGUCGGUCAGCUCAAACACACCUGGAGUCUCCUGGCCCACCUGAGAGGAGUCUACCAUUGCUCCAAACCCCCUCUGUACAAAAAUCCAAAGGCUAUACGCGUCUUGAAGACGAGAAGAGAGAUGAGGUUGCACACGUUUAUCCACUAGCAGAAGUUGGUAUGGAGGAAGGCCAGUUCUUGUCACCUCAAGUGGAGAAAGAACAGCAAAGGAGUCAAGAGGGAGUUAUGCCAACAGCGCCCCCUGUAGAGGAGACAGUGAUAUGUGAUGAAACCCAGCCAUCCCUCUUUCAAGUCACAGAGCUAACAAAUGAGGAAGAGGAGCCACGGCGGGAGGGAGAUGAGGUUGACAGCUUGAAGACUACGAUCGCAUUACAUGAACUAUUGGAGGAACGAUUAGAGGAGGAUAGCAUGGAGGAAACAUAUUUAAUAUCCCUUGAAGAGAGUUUGGAUGUAGGAGAAUGGCUGAGCGGAGAGAUGAAUAAGAAUAGGUUAGUGAGACAGAGAAGCUUAGUUGAGGAUGAGCUUACACAGGAGGAAAACUGUUUAAAAGCUGAAGAGAUGGAAAUUUUACAGGAAAUCGAAGAAACAGGGGAGAUGGGUUUACCUGUGGUAGAUGAAGUAGGACCUGGUGAACUUUGUGAGACAGAGACAUUUAUAAACGAGGGAACUUUGAAGGAGAUGAAGUCUUUAAAGAAUGGUGCUUAUCUUGAAGUGUCAGACAUUCAUGAAAGCACACAAGAACCCCAGGCUUUAGGGGAGGUUGUCGGGUCAGAGGAAUUAGGAAAUGUAUGUGAAAUACAGAAAGAUAAAGCACAUAUGUAUGUAGAUAAUGUAGGUGGGGUAGACACAAAAGUGGAAGGAGAGGAUGUGAAUACAGGUAAGGAUGAACCUUUAGAAAUUUUUGUUAAUACAGAUGAGGUUAAAUCUCUUCAGAUUGCAGGCUACACUGGUGAAACGAAAGCAUUAGAUGAAGUGGAUUUAGAACAGGUGGACAUUUUUGGAAAGAAGGAGAUGGAGGAUCCAGAAGAAGACAAAGAUUCUAGUGUGUGGAACAGUACAAUGAAAGAUGAAUUUGUUGAAAUCUCUGGGAAGGAGGAGAGUUCACAUGAAUCAAAAGCUUUAGAGGCAAUAGAUGAGAUGAUGGAGGUUCCAUCUUUAGCUCUAGAAGUCGACACAACAGAGAGGCUUGAAGAAACAAGAUCUUUAAGUCGUCUUAGUAAAGGGAGCAGUAAAGCCAGAUCAGAUGAUUUAACAAUAUGA